AUGGCCGAACAAUGUGGUUAUGACAAGGAGUCUGUGGUGUUCUGGCACAAGUAUGGUUUAACCCUUUAUAAGGUUCGGUUAGUUGGUAGCAACAUUGAAGUAGCUAAAUUUGCUACUUGCAUUCCAAAGGAUAGAGUGAUUGAGAUAUAUUUUGAACAUUUGAAUUUCUAUCAUGAUGAUCAUCAACAUUGCGAGAAGACGGGAAUGGAUUCUUUGCCAACAAGUGAUACAGAAGCAAAUAGUGAUGAUUCUCAUGAUGAUGAUUUUGAAGAUUUUGAUUAUUCAUUAGAGGAAGAUGAUAUAUUAUUUUCUAAAUAUAUUGAUCCUUCUGCUGAAUCUUUUGGGAUCAAUAUAAAUCAGCGACAUGAGAAAAAUGAUGAAAAUCAAGAUUAUGUAAAUGAAAAGAUGCGGAAUGUGGAAGGUGAUUCAGAUUGUGUAGAUUCUGAUGAUACAGGGAGUUUAAAUAGUGAUUGCAAUUUUGAAAAUGAAGAUUCUAACUUUCCGAAGCACAAUCCAAAAACGAAUGCCCUUAAUCCCAAAUUGGAGUUGGGAAUGAUAUUCGGUAACAAGAAAGAAUUCAAAGAAGCUGUGAUUGCAAAUCAAGCCAAAAUAGGAAAGUCAAUUGAGUGGAUCAAAGAUGACAGAAGAAGAGCAAGGGCCAAAUGUAGGAAAAAUGGAUGUAACUGGAGGAUAUUGGGUUCAUCGAUGCAAAGGGACACAUCUUUUCAAAUAAAGACGUUUGUCCCCAAGUAUACUUAUUUUGGGUGGAAUUAUAACAACAAAAAUAUCAAUUCCAGUUGGAUUGCAAGGAGGUAUGUUGAUAGAGUUAGAUCAAAUAAGAAUUGGAAAACAUUAGAAUUUAGAGAUACAUUAAGUAGGGAAUUACGGCUACAUGUAAGUAUGCAUCAAGCAAGAAGGGCAAAGGAAAAGGCUAUUGUAAUGAUCGAUGGAGAUAUAAAUGUUCAGUUUAGUAUAUUAUGGAAUUAUUGCAAUGAAAUUGUUCGAACCAAUCUUGGGACUUCCGUUUUCCUGAAAGUAACUCCAAAUGAGAUACCUAACAAGUUGAUGAGAUUUCAAAGGUUUUAUAUUUGUUUUGCAGCAUGUAAAGUAGGAUUCAAGGCUGGUUGUAGGAAGAUUGUUGGGGUCGAUGGGUGUUGGCUGAAGGCCACCAUGUAUGGGGCACAGUUAUUAUCAGCGGUUACUUUGGAUGGAAAUAACAACAUCUUUCCAAUAGCUUAUGCAAUAGUUGAGAAGGAAAAUAAGGAAACAUGGUGUUGGUUUUUAACAUAUUUAAUGAACGACCUUGAAAUUGAAGAGCAAUACCUGUGGACUUUUAUGUCAGAUAAGCAAAAAGGGCUCAUUGAAGCUUUUGAUUUAGUGUUGCCUGGUGUUUCUCAUAGAUUUUGUGCUGCUUCAGCAACAACUAUUGACAGGUUUGAUGUUUGUAUGACUGAUUUGUUUGAAUUAGAUAAAGAUGCUUAUGCAUGGCUUUCUGCUAAAGUGCCUAGUGAAUGGUCAAGAUCACAUUUCUCGCCUCUUCCUAAAUGUGACAUUCUUUUGAACAACCAAUGUGAGGUUUUUAAUAAGUUUAUUCUUGAUGCAAGAGAUAAACCAAUUGUUAAACUUCUGGAGACCAUUAGGCACUUACUCAUGACAAGAAUUAAUUCUAAUAGGGAGAAAGCUGAAAAAUGGAACUUGAAUGAUAUUUGUCCUACUAUUAAGAAGAAGUUGGCCAAAACUAUGAAGAAAGCUGCUAAUUAUAUUCCCCAAAGGUCGAACAUGUGGAACUAUGAGGUAAUUGGGCCGGUCGAAGGUGAUAAUUGGGCUGUUGACUUAUAUAACAGAACCUGUAGUUGUAGGCAAUGGGAAUUAUCAGGAGUUCCUUGUAAACAUGCUAUAUAA